AUGAUGAGCAGACGGAUGUUAACCAAGGAGGAGGAGGAUGCGAUGGGCGACGAGGUCGAGGUGCGCCGCGAGGACCAGGACAAGAUCAACAAAUUCAGCCGCCUGCACCAACGGGAGUUGUUAAUAGAGGACGAACUCAAGACAAAAAAUAAAGAGAAGGAAGAAUUAGACGACAUUACAACGGAGCUCGAGCUCGCCGACGAGGACGAGACCGUACCAUACAAGAUCGGCGACUCGUUCUUUCACCUCCCCCUCGAACAGGCGCAGGAAUUGCUCGGAAAAUCGACGACGAAGUUAGAAGAAGAGAUUGAGGAGCUCGAGGAAAAGAAGGGCACGAUUCAGGAAGAAAUGACACAGCUAAAGGUGGAGCUAUACGCAAGAUUUGGGAAGACGAUCAAUCUAGAGACAUGA